AUGCCCAGUCUGCGGCAACGUCUGGCCCCCAUAUUCACCUUUGAAUACUGGGAACUCUCACCCGAGCCAUGUACUUUCGCCCCGAGCAGUAAAUGGAGUAAUGCGGAUAUGGACCCCACCCCCCUAGAAAAGCGGACCUGGACGACGUUCAACUACAUCACAUACUGGAUCUCCGAUGCAUUCAAUGUCGCAACAUGGGAUAUGGCCUCCGCCCUCCUAGCCUCCGGGCUCUCAUGGCAUCAAGCCCUCCCCUGUAUCGUCCUCGGUCACGCCCUGAUCGCAUGCGCCAUAACCGCGAACGGCACCAUCGGUGCCCGAUUGCAUAUACCCUUCCCGGUUCUGAAUAGGAGCAGCUUUGGAUUCUGGUUCAGUUACUUUUCGGUCGUGAGCCGAGUCGUACUAGCCAUGUUCUGGUUCGCGAUCCAGACGUACACAGGCUCGGAAUGCGUCUACCAAAUGCUUCGUUCCCUCUUCCCCUCUUUCCUGCACAUGCCGAACCACCUCCCGCCCUCAGCGAACAUCACCUCUGCGGAGCUCCUCUGCUACUUCCUCUACUGGCUCAUCCAGUUCCCCUUCCUUCUCAUCCCCUCCCACAAGAUUCGCUGGCUCUUUGCUGUCAAGAGCGUUGCCGUCACUGCAGCGGGUGUGAGUAUGAUGGUAUGGGCGUUUGUGGAGACGGGAGGGGCGGGGGCGAUUAUUGCCCAGCCGGCGAGAGUGAGCGGGAGCGCUCUGGCCUGGACAUGGCUAGGCGGGUUGAACAGCGUAAUAGGGAACUACGCUACGCUGUCGGUAAACAUACCCGACUUUACGCGCCUCGCCAAGCACCCGAGACAUCAAUACGUCCAGCUGCUUAUCAUCCCCCUCGCCUUCACCUUUAUCGCCUUCCAAGGGCUGGUCGUCACCUCCGCCGGGUACAUACUGUACGGAGACUACUACUGGGACCCGCUUCGGCUCAUCAACAACUGGGAUAACCGGCCCGCGGCGUUUUUCGCCAGUUUUGCAUUCUGCCUCGCCACGCUGGGCACGAAUAUUGGUGCGAACAGUAUCAGUGCCGCCAAUGAUUUCAUGGCGCUGCUGCCCAGGUGGCUGAAUAUCCGCCGUGGACAGAUCCUCUGCGCACUCAUAGGCGGGUGGGUAAUAAUUCCCUGGGAGAUCCUAGCCACCGCUACGGGAUUCCUGAACUUCAUGGGAGGGUACACCGUCUUCCUCGGCCCAAUAUGCGCGAUCAUGAUCGUUGAUUACUGGUUUGUCAAACACCAGAAGAUCGACGUCCCUGCGUUGUAUGACCCUCAUGGGCGAUAUCGCUACACGGCCGGAAUCAACUGGCGCGCUGGAGCGGCACUGCUCGUCUCCGUACCCCCCAACCUGCCGGGGUUGAUAAACGCCAUCAACCCAUCAAUCGAAGUCGGCGGCGGCAUCUACCCGUACGAUAUCGCUUGGAUGCUCGGGUUCACUCUGGCGGGAGUGACGUACUAUGUCACUUCUUGGCUCUGGCCUGCGAAGGGGACGUUGCUUGAGCAUGCGAUCGACGUGGACGAAGCUGCUGCUCUUGCUAGGGAGAAGCACGAGCGAGAGAAGGACAGGGGCGCUUAUCCUGAGGAAACGAAGGAGGAAGAACUCAAUGUUGGUGUGCGAGAGGUCUGA